UAGAUGCAUGCAUACAUAACCCAUAAACCGCCUCUCUUCUCUAUAUAUUCGCUUCUUUGCCUCCACUUCUCCUCUUCAAACAGCUCUAUACUAACCCUUUCAAUCUCCCAGCUAAAAACAAUAGAAUUUCAGUCAACCUAUGGGUGAGCAAAAGGAAGGAGCUAAACCUGAAGCCGGGGAGAAGCCCGCCGCCGAUGUCGGCGCUAAGAAAGAUGACGGCAGCGUCACCGUCGUUUACAACAUUGAUAUGCAUUGUGAAGGCUGUGCCAAGAAGAUCAAACGCUCGAUUAAACAUUGUGAAGGUGUGGAAGAUGUGGAGACGGAUUAUGGAGCCAACAAACUGACGGUGAUUGGCAAAAUUGAUCCCGCCAAAAUCAGAGAGAGAUUGGCUGAGAAAACGAAGAAGAAAGUAGAUCUUAUUUCUCCUCAACCUAAAAAGGAUGUCGCCGCCGGUGAUAAAAAGCCCGAAGCUGAGAAGAAAACUGAAGAGAAGAAAGAAGGAAAAAAGCCAUCUAAAGAGAGUACGGUGGUGUUGAAGAUCAGAACACAUUGCGAUGGUUGCAUUCAUAAAAUUCGAAAAAUCAUCUUGAAGGUUGAUGGAGUUCAAUCGGUCGUCGUGGAUGGAGCUAAAGAUUUGGUAACCGUGAAAGGCACAAUGGACGUCAAAGACCUGGUCCCUUUCCUGAAGCAAAAGUUAAGACGAAAUGUAGAUGUGGUUCCUCCGAAGAAAGACGACGCCGGUGAGAAGAAAGACGCCGCCGGUGAGAAGAAAGAGAAACCAAAAGAAGCUGCAGAAGGCGGUGGUGAGAAGAAGGAAGGAGGAGGCGGAGAGAAAAAAGAAGGCGGCGGAGAGAAAAAGGAAGGUGGGGAGAAGAAGGAAGACGGCGGCGGCGGUGGUGAAACGAAGAUGGAGGUGAGCAAGAUGGAGUAUCAUGGAUACGGAUAUCCUCAUCAGCCAAUGUACUGGUCGGACGGAAACGUGUACGGUGGUGGCUCGAGUUACGCGGUCGAAGAGUAUCAGAUUCAUCAUCAGGAUUACGGAUACGUGAAUAAAGGGUAUAUGAUGGACCCACGUCAUCCCCUUCAUGCACCUCAGAUGUUCAGUGAUGAAAAUCCGAACGCCUGUUUCGUCAUGUGAGAACUGAACGGGGAAGACGAAGCAGACUAAUCAUAAUUAGAUUCCAAAAAAAGAAGCCAAAAUGUAAAUAUUACAACUUUCCAGGGAUAAAAAGUAAAUAGAGAGUUAAAAAAUGAACAAUAUAAACGGUAAUUAAUAGAGUACAAAAUUAUAGGGAUGAACCGCUUGCCUAGAGCCGGCCGGCUUGGCUAGUUGUUGGUGUAGGGAUGGUCGUUGGUUGCUUCUUUUGUUCCUUUUCAAUUAAUAAAAAAUGAUAUUUUCAUGCC